CCUUUGCCACUAGCCCAUCAGUGCAAGUCUAGACGAUGAGUCACAGGCGUUAUUGAAUGCACUUUCAGAUAAGGAACAUGCUUGUUGUUAAUUACAUGAAAUCUUAGUUUCUCGCCGUCGUCAUAGCAAAUAGGCCUAAUGUGCGUAAAAACUUGGACAUCGGCUUGUUUUUUUUGGAUUAACAAUACAUUUUAUUAACUGUCUAUUACUUUGAAAUUGGUCGCACGGUGACUAUUUAACUUUGAACCAUGGCGAUUGCACACGUUGCUACAGAAUACGUUUUCUCCGACUUUUUAUUGAAGGAUCCAACAGAGUCGAAGUACAAAGGAGUGCGUCUGGAGCUGGCGGUAGACAAAAUAGUAACUUUCAUCGCGGUUGGUCUCCCUUUGUUACUUAUUUCCCUCGCGUUUGCCCAGGAGGUGUCAGUAGGUGAGUUGAAUUACUGAUAGAUUAUCAGAACACACGCUAAAAUGUUUAAAUCGGUCGAAUAAAGCAUCUGGGUCAAACAUAGAAAUUGAUAAAAUAGUAUUCUCUGUAGAAUUGAGCGCACGCACUACAUCAGAGCAGACUAGCGGGUUCUCUCGGCGAACAAACUCUGUCUUUCUUUGUUUAGUUUCUUGCAGUCCAUUGCAGUCAAGCACUGUAGGCCUAAACAAUAAAACACUGCUUCAAUGAUUUCAGUGCCAACAUUUACACGAAUGGAUUCUUACAUUCUCGUCAGAUGAAUGAUCUCGUAAACAUGUCUAAUCCCUGGGUCGUUCUUUGUCUGCUCCAUAGAGCCCAUAACUAAAAUUCAGACCACCACCGUCUGUCAAAGGAAAACAGGCAAUUUCACUGAAAUGUGUCGCCCCUGAUUAACCUAUCCAAUAUUGUUAAAUGUUUAUCUUGUUAAAACAGCUGUGUUGCUUGUCCCUCAAAAUGUAGUCUUAGUUACAUUUUAGCCUUCUUGUCUUGUAUGUUGUUCGAGAGCAGGCUCACAGCGCCGCCAACCUGCGUGAAGCAGUUAGAUUGUAGUUAUUUGAAAAUGACUCAACAACCUCGUAAACAAAUCCACACGGCCACACCCCUCCUUUCACUGCUUUUCAUAUUUGAUCCUUUCUCAGUUGUAGUAGGCUCUAAAAUUAUUUAUACUGAAUAAAGUGACUGAGAGGUAGCAGGUAGAUAAACAGGUUCGUGAGUAAAAGAUGUAGCCUAAUAGAUUAAUAAAAUCAUGGGGAAAUAAUUUCUAAUGCUGAGUCACAGGCUAAUUCUCACUUGGCAGUGUGUUAAAGGGUUACACAUCAAGCAAAUAACUAGGAUACAGUGGAAAUCAAUGUAUUUUUACCGUCCAUCCUCAGCACUAUGGGACAACAACAAGUGGCCUGUUCUAACCCUGUCCUCCAAUCCCUUUAUGUCUGAAUGCAGGUACCCAGAUCAGCUGUUUUGCCCCUACGAACUUCUCGUGGCGACAGGCGGCCUAUGUUGACUCCUUCUGCUGGGCUGCGGUGCAGGAGCAGCAACCCAGUGUUGAUGGAAUCAAGGGCGCGCCCCUAUGGCUGCACAAGGUACAGACCCUCCUCAGUUAGCCAAGACCAAUAUGGGGACGUGCCCUGUGUCCCAAUUCUCCUACCUUUCUCAAAGUGUGCAUUUGUCCUCUUCUCCCCUUGCACAACUCACAAGUGCUUACUUACUGUAGGGCAGAACAUAGAGAAUUGGGACACAUAGGUGGACUGUGUGGAUUCAACAUACAAAAAGCCAUAAUGUAGUGUAGUAAUGUGGGUCAGUGGUCGGAGCAAAGGGGAGCUUCAGUCAGUGUGAGUGAGAUUGACCUGUUAAUGUGGCCCUAACAGUUAUGGCUGCAUGGGGAGUUGUGGAAUAACGCUUCUCAUUGGUAAACACAACGCAGCAUUACAUUUAGAAUAUUUAUGAUUGCAAUACCCACCUGAGCUCUCAGGAGGGUUUAAAUCAGGCCAGACUGUCAAGUAGAGUCAACACUAUUCAUCUACAUUAAAGCCCUGUUACCAUGGCCUCUACAAUUAUAAUUAUGCAGCCUCUUCUCAGACGACUGGGAGAGAUACUCAGAGUGUUUCUUGAUGAAGUGAAUAAUAUCUCCAUAUGCAGGUUCAAUAAUAAUCAAAUCAAAUCAAAUUGUAUUUGUCACAUGCGCCGAAUAUAACAGGUGUAGACCUUACAGUGAAAUGCUUACUUACAAGUCCUUAACCAACAAUGCAGUUUUAAGAAAAAUAAGUGUUAUGAAAGUAUUUACUAAAUAAACUGAAGAGAAAAAAAAGAAGAAGAAAAAGAGCAACAAUAAAAUGACAGUAACGAGGAUAUAUACAGAGGUAAUUAAGGUAAUAUGUACAUGUAGGUAAAGUGACUAUGCAUAGAUAAUAAACAGAGAGUAGCAGCAGCGUAAAAAUGGGGUGGGGGGUCAAUGCAAGUAGUCCGGGUAGCCAUUUAAUUAGCUGUUCGGGAGUCUUAUGGCUUCGGGGUAGAAGCUGUUAAGAAGCCUUUUGGACCUAGACUUUGCACUCCGGUACCGCUUGCCAUGCUGUAGCAGAGAGAACAUUCUAUGAUUAGGGUGGCUGGAGUCUUUGGCAAUUUUUAGGGCCUUCCUAUAGUAAUAUCUCUAUAAUGCAUGUCAUUAUGUUAUAAUCUGUCCUUGUAGUCGAGGCAUUACAAUUCCCACCGGUGAGAAAGAGAAUUUAACAUCUAAAUUGGAGUGACAUUUCUCAAAACUUUUCCAAACCGUGAGUCACAACUCAUUCAUCAUAGGUCCAGGUGUAUUAAUUUGGUUUACUUCUGUGGCUCAUACCAAUGUGGGUCACACCAAUCUUCUUUAUUUUCCACAGUCAGUUCAUGUGGAUUGGUCAUCUUUCUGGUUCUCAUAUUUAAAGGAGUCAUGCAAUUCUUGCUUUCUUUUUGGUUCCCUCUCACCUGCUUUUAUUCCCCUCUGCCCUACACCUCCAGUUCUUCCCCUACAUCCUCCUGUUGUUGGCCAUCCUCAUGUACAUCCCUGCUCUGUUCUGGCGCUUCACGGCCACCCCCCACCUCUCCUCUGACCUCAACUUCAUAAUGGAAGAGCUGGACCGCUCCUAUAACCGAGCCAUCAGACUGGCCAAGAGCCUGGCCUCAUCUAUAGACACCAAAAAAGUAUCUGACGACUCCCCCAGGUAAACACUGCACUAGGACCUUGAACACUCCAUCAACUUUAGAUUAUUUAGGUUCAUUCUUUCUCUCUUCCACAUGUGCUCAAAGACUCCUAAGGGCCAGAUGUACUAAACGUUUGCACUCUUUUUUCAAAAGUGAUAAUAAAGUUUUGGAUAUAAGAUAGUAUAGUGAUAAUGGCUGGUUCCGAAUAACUAAUAAUGGAACCUAUAGAGAUCAAAUGAAUUUUUAUUUGCUUACGCUAGCCUACUAGCUAUGCAGUCUGAAACAAUGUUGGACUGAUCUAGUUAAAACAGCAGAGAGAGUUGUUUGCCUGCGGAGGUGAACCUUGCGUUUCUCCCCCUUUAGUUUUAUUAAAAGGAUGGCUUAGUGUAGAAACACAAGCAUGACCUUUUCAGAACAGCUACUGUUGCCUCACACAAUGUUCUCAUUUCCAGAUGUCCAUCAAUGGAGUGUAGUGCCAUCAGAGGACAAAGAGUUCAUAUGACAGCUUGUGAGAAACUCUGUGAGAAUUUUAGAUGAGAUAAAAUGCUCAAUAUUUUUCAUUGACAGGGUCAGAAUGAAAGAGAGAGAAACCUUAUUAACCAGAAGAACAGGUAGUAAGAAAUUGACUGAUUUGAAAAAAAGAGUUGAAAUAAUUUGUUUGGCUUCGCAGCAGUGGAGACUAUGCUGAACCCAGCCAGGCUAUCAGAUACAGUGUGUCUCUUUGUCUGAACUGUGAUAUAGGCAGAGCUGUUCAUUAGAUCAGCAAUAGACAGUGCUCAACUCUAUUUUCUUCAAUAAACAGUGCUUAGAAGAAUGCUACAAUAGCCUAGGGUCAAAUUGCAUAGUACAACUAUUAAAAAAAUAUCCAGCACUCACUUGAUGAAGUUGCAUCAAUUCUUUUUUUUAAUGUACUGCACGCAUACACUACCGGUCAAAAGUUUUAGAACACCUACUCAUUCAAGGGUUUUUCUUUAUUUGUACUAUUUUCUACAUUGUAGAAUAAUAGUGAAGACAUCAAAACUAUGAAAUAACACAUAUGGAAUCAUGUAGUAACCAAAAUCCAGGCUCUGUCGUAGCCGGCCGUGACCGGGAGACCAAUGGGGCGGCGCACAAUUGGCCCAGCGUCGUCUAGGGUAGGGGAGGGAAUGGCCGGCAGGGAUGUAGCUCAGUUGGUAGAGCAUGGCGUUUGCAACGCCAGGGUUGUGGGUUCGAUUCCCACGGGGGUAUGAAAAAAUAAAUAAAUAAUAUAAGUCGCUCUGGAUAAGAGCGUCUGCUAAAUGACGUAAAUGUAAAUGUAAAAAAGUGUUAAACAAAUCAAAAUAUAUUUUAUAUUUGAGAUUCUUCAAAUAGCCACCCUUUGCCUUGAUGACAGCUUUGCACACUCUUGGCAUUCUCUCAACCAGCUUCACCUGGAAUGCUUUUCCAACAGUCUUGAAGGAGUUCCCACAUAUGCUGAGCACUUGUUGGCUGCUUUUCCUUCACUCUGCGGUCCGACUCAUCCCAAACCAUCUCAAUUUGGUUGAGCUCAGGGGAUUGUGGAGGCCAGGUCAUCUGAUGCAGCACUCCAUCACUCUCCUUCUUGGUAAAAUAGCCCUUACACAGCCUGGAGGUGUGUUGGGUUAUUGUCCUGUUGAAAAACAAAUGAUAGACCCACUAAGCUCAAACCAAAUGGGAUGGCAUAUAGCUGCAGAAUACUGUGGUAGCCAUGCUGGUUAAGUGUGCCUUGAAUUCUAAAUAUAUCACAGACAGUGUCACCAUCAAAGCACCCCCACACCAUAACACCUCCUCCUCAAUGCUUUACGGUGGGAAAUACACACCGUUCAUCCGUUCACCCACACAGCGUCUCACAAAGACACGGCGGUUGGAACCAUCAGACUCAUCAGACCAAAGGACAAAUUUCCACUGGUCUAAUGUCCAUUGCUCGUGUUUCUUGGCCCAAGCAGGUCUCUUCUUCUUAUUGGUGUCCUUUAGUAGUGGUUUCUUUGCAGCAAUUCGAGCAUGAUGAAGGCCUGAUUCACACAGUCUCCUCUGAACAGUUGAUGUUGAGAUGUGUCUGUUACUUGAACUCUGUGAAACAUUUAUUUGGGCUGCAAUUUCUGAGGCUGGUAACUCUAAUGAACUUAUCCUCUGCAGCAGAGGUAACUCUGGGUCUUCCAUUCCUGUGGCGGUCCUCAUGAGAGCCAGUUUCAUCAUAGCGCUUGAUGGUUUUUGCAACUGCACUUUAAGAAACGUUCAAAGUUCUUUCUAAUUUCAUCUAAUGAUGGACUGUUGUUUCUCUUUGAUUAUUUGAGCUGUUCUUGCCAUAAUAUGGACUUGGUCUUUUAUCAAAUAGGGCUAUCUUCUGUAAACCCCCCCCCCCCCCCCCCUACCUUGUCACAACACAACUGAUUAGCUCAAAUGCAUUAAGAAGGAAAUAAAUUCCACAAAUUAACAUUUAAGAAGGCACACGUGUUAAUUGAAAUGCAUUUUAGGUGACUACCUCAUGAAGCUGGUUGAGAGAAUGCCAAGAGUGUGCAAAGCUGUCAUCAAAACAAAUAUAUUUUGAUUUGUUUAACACUUUUUUGGUUACUACAUGAUUCCAUAUGUGUUAUUCCAUAGUUUUGAUGUCUUCACUAUUAUUCUUCAAUGUAGAAAAUAGUACAAAUAAAGAAAAACCCUUGAAUGAGUAGGUGUUCUAAAACUUUUGACCGGUAGUGUACGUACAAGCACGCUCAAAUGACGUUCAUGUAGGUUAGCUCAGAGAUAUUACCUAAAAUACACAAAAUAAAUGUAACGCAACUGGAUAAUGGGAGUGCUGGCCCCUUUAUCUAGAACAUAUACUAUCCGGCUCCACCUAAUCUCCCUGUGGUGUGUUGUGAUGGCAGUGCCCUGGACCUGACUGAGGGCUGCUUUAAAUACCCCCUGGUGGAGCAGUACCUGAAGACCAAACGUUUCUCCCGCUGGCUGGUGGUGAAGUACCUGGCGUGUCGGGUGAUUACUCUGCUCACCCUGCUGCUGGCCUGCCUCUACCUUGGCUACUACAUCCGCCUGGCCUCCAUCACCGAUGAGUUUGCCUGUGACGUGAGGACGGGGUUGCUGAGGAACAACAGUGCUGUUCCGGUGGCGGUGCAGUGUAAGCUGGUGGCGGUAGGGGUGUUCAGGCUGCUAAGCUACAUCAACCUGGGGGUGUACAUCCUGCUGUCUCCCCUGGUGGUGUACGCUACACUGGGCCCGGCCAGACAGAGCUCCCGCUUCCUCCGGCCCUACGAGAUGUUGCCAGCCUUCGGCGCUCUGGACCUGGACACACCCUUCUACAAUGACCUCAGCAUGUACCUGCUCUUCCUGGAGGAGAACCUCAGUGAGCUUAAGUCCUAUAAGUGUCUGCAGGUGGGUAACAACACUGCAAUUUGUGUUUAGUCAAAUUAUAUGGUCAUUCAGCAGUGACCAUGUGUUGCCCAUUUGGGUUUUUAAGUAAUAAUUUACAAGCAUUGUGAUCCCAACUAAGUGACUAAUUGAAACCACAAUAGAUUACAAUGGAUUGCACUGUCUUUGGGUAGUGUCCACUUUGGAAAAUAUGUUUGGAAUUAUGUUAUCCUGUAGAGACAUUAUUUAAUGUCUGGUAUUACCUUGAGGUAUCAGCAUGUCUAUUUAUGUGCUGUGUAUCAUUUGAUACAGGUCCUGGAGCUGCUGAGAGAGGGAGGUGGUGAGGCCUUUGACACCAUGUGUCUGCUGCAGACUCUGGGACAGGUUAAGACAGAUGUGGUGGAUGGGAAAAAAUCCACUUCAUACCAGGACAGCAAAGACAGCACCAAGCUUGGAGAGGAGGAGGACACAAACUCAUCUGAGCUGAGA